CCGAGCGCUGGAGGCUCCGUCGCGCCGCCUGCCAAGCCGGGAUCUACCGCCGCGCCGUUUCGGCCCCGUCUUCUCCUCUCCGCGUCGUCCGCUUCCCUCCAUCUCGGAGAAUCGUCUGCGUUCCGUGCGAAUUUGGGAUUAUUUUUCUACGGGGGGUGUCGAGGCAUCCCGCCCUCCCGCGCCGCCUGCUCCACCUGCCCUUGCGCCUUUCUUCUUCUUUUCCCCCGCCUGCCUCUCCGCCGAGCCCGGGCUGAUGUGCAGUGCGAGAGGCUGGAAAUGGAAGUGUUGAUGCUCUGGCUUUUCCCCUGGAUAUUUCAGUGCGUUUCGGUGCGGGCGGACUCCAUCAUCCACAUCGGUGCCAUUUUUGAGGGCAAUGCUGCCAAGGACGACGAGGUGUUCAAGCAGGCGGUGUCGGAUCUGAACCUCAAUGACGACAUCCUCCAGAGCGAGAAAAUCACUUACUCCAUCAAGCUCAUAGAGGCCAACAACCCCUUCCAUGCGGUGCAGGAAGCCUGCGACCUGAUGACCUUGGGGAUCUUAGCCUUGGUGACAUCCACAGGUUGUGCCUCAGCCAACGCCCUGCAGUCCCUGACAGAUGCCAUGCACAUCCCACAUCUCUUUGUGCAGCGCAACACGGGAGGCUCCCCACGCACCGCCUGCCACCUGAACCCCAGCCUGGAGGAGGAGGAGUACACGCUGGCUGCCCGGCCGCCGGUCCGCCUCAAUGAUGUUAUGCUGAAAUUGGUCACUGAGCUGCGCUGGCAGAAAUUCAUCGUCUUUUAUGACAGCGAUUACGAUAUACGCGGACUGCAGGGAUUUCUCGAUCAGGCCUCCAGGCUGGGACUUGAUGUGUCAUUACAAAAAGUGGACAGGAACAUCAGCAGAGUCUUUGCCAACCUUUUCACUACAAUGAAAACAGAAGAGCUGAACCGCUAUCGGGACACAUUACGAAGGGCUAUCUUACUUCUAAGCCCACGGGGAGCCCAGACUUUUAUUAAUGAGGCUGUGGAGACCAACCUUGCAUCAAAAGAUAGUCACUGGGUCUACGUAAAUGAGGAAAUCACUGAUAAUGAAAUAUUAGAGUUGGUACAUAGUGCUCUUGGGAGGAUGACAGUUAUCCGGCAGAUUUUCCCUCUCUCAAAGGACAAUAAUCAGAGGUGCAUGAGGAACAAUCACCGAAUAUCAUCACUGCUCUGUGAUCCACAAGAAGGCUAUCUUCAGAUGCUGCAGGUUUCCAACCUGUACCUGUAUGACAGUGUGCUCAUGCUAGCCAAUGCUUUCCACAGAAAACUGGAGGACAGGAAAUGGCACAGCAUGGCAAGUCUGAAUUGCAUGAGGAAAUCCACCAAGCCUUGGAACGGAGGACGAUCCAUGCUUGAGACUAUUAAGAAGGGCCAUAUAACUGGGCUUACUGGUGUUAUGGAGUUCAGAGAAGAUGGCGCCAACCCCUAUGUUCAAUUUGAAAUACUGGGCACUAGCUACAGUGAAACAUUUGGCAAAGAUGUCCGGAGGUUGGCAACGUGGGACUCUGAAAAGGGACUGAAUGGUAGCCUGCAAGAACGACGUCUGGGAAGUGAUUUACAAGGACUGACGCUCAAAGUGGUGACUGUCUUGGAAGAACCUUUUGUGAUGGUGGCGGAGAACAUACUUGGGCAACCAAAACGGUACAAAGGAUUUUCCAUUGAUGUCCUGGAUGCACUGGCCAAGAAUCUGGGCUUCAAAUAUGAGAUAUAUCAAGCUCCUGAUGGGAAAUAUGGACACCAGCUUCAGAAUGGCUCCUGGAAUGGCAUGAUUGGAGAACUUAUUAACAAGAGAGCAGAUCUAGCAAUUUCUGCCAUCACUAUAACACCUGAACGAGAGAGCGUUGUGGACUUCAGCAAGCGGUACAUGGACUAUUCAGUGGGGAUCUUGAUCAAGAAGCCUGAAGAGAAAAUCAACAUCUUCUCUCUCUUCGCUCCUUUUGACUUUGCGGUGUGGGCUUGCAUUGCUGCUGCCAUCCCUAUAGUUGGUGUCUUGAUAUUUGUCUUGAACCGGAUCCAGGCAGUCAGGGCACAGAAUGCCUCCCAGCCAAGCCCCUCUGCCUCCUCCACCCUGCACAGUGCCAUCUGGGUUGUGUAUGGCGCUUUUGUUCAGCAAGGGGGUGAAUCUACUGUCAAUUCUGUGGCUAUGCGCAUUGUGAUGGGAAGCUGGUGGCUCUUCACCCUUAUCGUGUGCUCAUCCUACACAGCAAACUUAGCAGCAUUUCUCACAGUAUCAAGGAUGGAUAAUCCUAUAAGAACAUUUCAGGAUCUGUCUAAACAAAUGGAUAUAUCUUAUGGUACAGUCAGAGACUCCGCAGUGUAUGAAUACUUUAAAGCAAAAGGAACAAACCCUCUGGAGCAGGAUAACACAUUUGCUGAACUGUGGAGGACAAUAAGUAAGAAUAAUGGGGCAGAUAAUUGUGUAUCGAACCCUUCUGAAGGCAUCAGGAAGGCAAAGAAAGGAAAUUAUGCAUUCCUGUGGGAUGUGACAGUGGUGGAAUAUGCUGCGCUGACAGAUGAUGAAUGCUCUGUGACAGUCAUUGGUAACAGCAUCAGCAGCAAAGGAUAUGGAAUUGCACUCCAGCAUGGAAGCCCCUACAGAGAUCUUUUCUCCCAGAGGAUCUUAGAGUUGCAAGAAAGUGGAGAUUUGGAUGUUCUUAAACAAAAAUGGUGGCCACGGAUGGGACGUUGUGACCUGAAUAGCCACACAAAUGCACAGACAGAUGGGAAGGCUCUCAAGCUGCACAGUUUUGCAGGCGUUUUCUGCAUUUUAGCAAUAGGCCUUCUUCUUGCCUGCUUGGUGGCAGCAUUGGAGUUGUGGUGGAACAGCAACCGUUGUCAUCAAGAAACACCGAAAGAGGUACAGCAUGGGCAGCAGCAGUGCAAACUUCCCCACAUUGCCCCACCAAUGUGCCUCAACCCUGACCUGGAGAGACCACCUUUAGGGGAUAAAGAAGUGAACCUGGAGCAGGUCCAUAGACGCAUGAACAGUUUAAUCGAUGAAGAUAUAGCCCACAAGCAGAUCUCUCCAGCGUCCAUCGAGAUCUCAGCCUUGGAGAUCGGUGGCAUGCAACCAGCUCAGACCCUGGAGCCGGUACGCGAAUACCAGAACACGCAACUUUCUGUCACCACCUUUUUACCAGAACAGACAACUCAUGGUGCCAGCAGGACACUCACAGCUGCCUCUGGCAGCAACCUGCCACUGCCCCUGAGCAGCUCGGCCACCAUGCCCUCCAUACAGUGUAAACACAGGUCGCCAAAUGGAGGACUAUUUCGUCAGAGCCCCGUGAAAACCCCAAUCCCUAUGUCAUUUCAGUCUGUGCCGGGGGGAGUCAUUCCAGAAGCAAUGGAGCCCUCUCACGGAACAUCCAUUUGAUGAAAACAAACAGUAACACAACCAGCAGAGCUUUUUAAUACAAAAUUAAAAACAAACAAAAAA